AUGUUGAAGUUUAAAUAUGCUGUGCGGAGUCCGACGGAGCCAGCUUCCAUGGAGCCCAUAGCUAGCCGUGCUUCUCGGCUGAACCUGCUCUUUCAGGGGAAGCCACCCUUUGUGACUCAACAGCAGAUGUCUCCUCUCUCCCGGGAAGGCAUCCUUGAUUCCCUAUUCGUUCUUUUUGAAGAAUGCAGCAAUCCUGCUUUAAUGAAAAUUAAACAUGUAGGCAACUUUGUAAAAAAGUAUUCAGAGACUGUAGCUGAGUUACGGGAACUGCUGCCCAGCAUGAAGGAUUUUGAAGUAAAAAGUGUGGUGGGAAGUGGUCAUUUUGCAGAAGUACAGGUGGUGAGAGAGAAGGUGACUGGUGAUGUCUAUGCUAUGAAGGUGAUGAACAAGGAGUCCUUGUUGGCACGAGAACAUGUGUCGUUUUUUGAGGCAGAACUGAGUAUAUUAUCUAGGAGUAGCGGUACCUGGAUCCCACAGUUACACUAUGCAUUUCAGGACAAAAAAAAUCUCUACUUGGUUAUGGAGUAUCAACCUGGAGGAGACUUAUUGUCACUCUUAAACCGAUAUGAAGACCAACUAGAUGAAAGUAUGGUGCAGUUUUAUUUAGCAGAGCUGGUUUUGGCGAUUCACAGUGUGCACCAGAUGGGCUAUGUUCACCGAGAUAUCAAACCAGAGAAUGUUCUCAUUGACCGACUAGGACACAUUAAACUGGUGGACUUUGGGUCAGCUGCCAAAAUGACAGCAAACAAAACGGUGAAUGCCAGGCUGCCUGUUGGCACCCCAGACUACAUGGCACCAGAGAUGCUAACUGUUUUGAAUGGGGAUGGUAAAGCUUCACAUGGCCCAGAGUGUGAUUGGUGGUCUUUGGGAAUCAUUGCUUAUGAUAUGAUUUAUGGAAAAUCUCCAUUCACUGAAGGGACCUCAACAAAAACCUUUAAUAACAUCAUGAACUUCCAGAGGUUCCUGAAGUUCCCAGAAGAUGUGAAAGUCAGUAAUGAAUUUCUUGAUCUGGUCCAGAGUCUGCUAUGUGGGCUGAAGGAGAGGCUAGAUUAUGAGGGUCUCUGUUGCCAUCCAUUCUUCUCUAAAAUUGACUGGAAAAACAUCCGUAAUACUCCUCCCCCCUUCGUUCCUACCCUCAGGUCUGAUGAUGACACCUCAAAUUUUGAUGAACCAGAGAAGAAUUCGCGGGUUUUAUCCUCUCCGCGGCAGUUGAACCCAGCUGGCUUCUCGGGUGAAGAUUUGCCGUUUGUGGGGUUUUCCUUCAUCAAGGCUCUGGGGAUCCUCAGAUCAGAGUCUGUUGUCUCGGGGUUGGACUCUCCAGCUAAGAUCAGCUCCAUGGAAAAGAAACUCCUUCUAAAGAGCAAAGAGCUGCAGGACACCCAGGACAAGUGUCACAAGAUGGAGCAGGAAAUGACGCGGUUGCACCGGAGGGUGUCAGAGGUGGAGGCUGUACUUAGCCAAAAGGAGGUGGAACUGAAAGCCUCUGAGACCCAGCGAUCCCUCCUGGAGCAGGACCUGGCAACCUACAUCACAGAAUGCAGUAGCUUAAAGCGAAGCCUGGAACAGGCACGGAUGGAGGUGUCUCAGGAGGAUGACAAGGCGCUACAACUUCUUCAUGAUAUCAGAGAGCAGAGCCGAAAACUGCAGGAGAUCAAAGAACAGGAGUAUCAAGCCCAGGUGGAAGAGAUGAGGUUGAUGAUGAAUCAGUUAGAAGAGGAUCUUAUUUCAGCUCGUAGACGUAGUGAUCUCUAUGAAUCGGAGUUGAGAGAGUCACGAUUGGCAGCUGAAGAAUUCAAACGUAAAGCUACUGAAUGUCACAACAAACUACAGAAGGCUAAAGACCAUGGGAAAACUGAAGUAGGAGAGCUGUAUUCCAAACUGGAGAAGAUCAAUACAGAGCAGCAGACCAAAAUCCAGGAGCUGCAGGACAAGCUGGCAAAGGCUGUGAAAGCCAGCUCUGAGGCAACUGAACUUCUUCAGAAUAUCCGUCAGGCAAAGGAGAGAGCAGAGAAAGAGUUGGAGAAAUUGCAGAAUCGGGAAGACUCUAAUGAAGGCAUGAAAAAGAAACUGCUUGAAGCAGAGGAACGGCGCCAUUCUCUGGAGAAUCAAGUGAAGAGAUUAGAGACUGUGGAACGCAGAGAAAACCGACUAAAGGAAGAUAUUCAAACUAAAUCUCAGCAGAUUCAACAGAUGGCAGACAAAAUUUUGGAGCUGGAGGAAAAGCACCGUGAGGCUCAGCUGUCAGCACAGCAUCUGGAAUUGCAGCUGAAACAGAAAGAGCAGUUCUAUGAUGAAAAAAUCAAAGUGCUAGAUGCUCAGAUGAAGAAAGAUCUUGCUGAUAAGGAAGCACUUGAGAAUAUGCUGCGAAGACAUGAAGAAGAAGCACAUGAGAAAUGCAAAAUUCUGGCUGAGCAGAAGGCGAUGAUCAAUGCCAUGGAUUCGAAGAUAAGGUCAUUGGAGCAGAGAAUAGUCGAAUUGUCUGAGGCUAAUAAACUGGCAGCAAAUAGCAGCCUUUUUACACAGAGAAACAUGAAAGCCCAGGAGGAGAUGAUCUCAGAGCUCAGACAGCAGAAGUUCUACCUGGAAACACAGGCUGGGAAGUUAGAGGCCCAGAACCAAAAACUAGAAGAGCAAUUGGAGAAGAUCAGUCUUCAGGACCAUACUGACAAGAGCCGUCUGUUGGAGUUAGAGACUAGAUUGCGAGAGGUUAGCUUAGAGCAUGAAGAACAAAAGCUGGAAUUGAAACGACAGUUAACAGAAUUGCAGCUGACCCUCCAGGAAAGAGAAUCUCAGAUUUCAGGGCUUCAAGCUGCACGAUCAGCCCUAGAGAAUCAGCUCCGUGAGGCUAAAACUGAACUAGAGGAGACUACAGCUGAGGCAGAGGAGGAGAUUCAAGCUCUCACGGCACAUAGAGAUGAAAUCCAGCGUAAAUUUGAAGCCCUUCGUAAUAGCUGCACAGUGAUUACAGACUUGGAAGAACAGCUGAACCAGCUGAGUGAGGACAAUGCAGAACUGAACAAUCAGAAUUUCUUCCUGUCAAAGCAGCUUGAUGAGGCCUCUGGGGCCAGUGAUGAGAUAGUACAGCUGCGAAGUGAGGUUGACCACCUCCGUCGAGAGAUCACUGAGAGGGAGAUGCAGCUCACCAGUCAGAAACAAACAAUGGAGGCCUUGAAGACAACAUGCACAAUGCUGGAAGAGCAGGUGAUGGACUUGGAGGCCCUGAAUGAUGAACUGCUAGAGAAGGAACGUCAGUGGGAAGCAUGGAGAAGCGUUCUAGGGGAUGAGAAGUCCCAGUUUGAAUGUCGAGUGCGAGAAUUACAGAGAAUGUUGGACACAGAGAAACAGAGCCGAGUGCGAGCAGAUCAGCGUAUUACUGAAUCCCGCCAGGUGGUAGAACUAGCUGUCAAAGAACACAAAGCGGAGAUUCUUGCUCUCCAGCAAGCACUGAAGGAGCAAAAACUCAAAGCUGAGAGUCUUUCUGACAAGCUCAAUGAUUUGGAGAAGAAGCAUGCAAUGCUGGAGAUGAAUGCACGCAGUUUACAACAGAAGCUUGAGACAGAACGUGAGCUCAAACAGAGGCUUCUGGAAGAGCAGGCAAAGCUGCAGCAGCAAAUGGAUCUGCAAAAAAACCACAUCUUCCGCCUGACUCAAGGCCUGCAAGAAGCUCUGGAUCGAGCAGAUCUUUUGAAGACUGAAAGGAGUGACCUAGAGUACCAACUGGAAAACAUUCAGGUUCUCUAUUCCCAUGAAAAGGUGAAAAUGGAGGGCACUAUUUCUCAGCAAACCAAACUCAUUGACUUCCUGCAAGCAAAGAUGGACCAGCCAGCCAAAAAGAAAAAGGGCCUGUUUAGUCGGCGGAAAGAGGACCCUUCUUUACCCACACAGGUUCCCCUGCAAUACAAUGAGCUGAAAGUGGCACUGGAGAAGGAGAAGGCCCGUUCUGCUGAGCUGGAGGAGGCUCUACAGAAAACACGCAUUGAACUCAGAUCUGCUCGAGAAGAAGCUGCCCAUCGGAAAAUAACAGACCACCCUCAUCCAUCCACUCCUGCCACAGCCAGACAGCAGAUCAUCAUGUCUGCCAUAGUCCGCUCCCCAGAGCAUCAGCCAACUCCCAUCAGCCUGCUUGCUCCACCCUCAAGUCGCAGAAAGGAGUCCUCCACACCAGAGGAGUUCAGUCGGCGUAUGAAAGAGCGAAUGCAUCACAAUAUCCCUCACCGUUUCAAUGUGGGGCUAAAUAUGAGGGCAACAAAAUGUGCAGUGUGUCUGGAUACUGUGCACUUUGGACGUCAAGCAUCUAAAUGUCUUGAAUGCCAAGUGAUGUGUCACCCAAAGUGCUCAACAUGCUUGCCAGCUACGUGUGGACUGCCUGCGGAAUAUGCCACACACUUUUCUGAAGCCUUCUGUCGGGACAAAUUGAACUCUCCAGGACUGCAGCUGAAGGAGCCAAGCAGCAGUUUACGUCUGGAAGGAUGGAUGAAGGUGCCAAGGAAUAAUAAGCGUGGACAGCAGGGCUGGGACAGGAAAUUCAUUGUUCUGGAAGGAACUAAAGUGCUAAUUUAUGAUGCUGAAGCAAGAGAAGCUGGACAGCGGCCUGUGGAGGAGUUUGAGCUGUGCCUUCCUGAUGGAGAUGUAACUGUUCAUGGGGCUGUAGGAGCUACUGAACUUGCAAAUACAGCAAAGACAGAUGUGCCAUAUAUACUAAAGGUGGAGUCUCAUCCACACACCACAUGCUGGCCUGGUAGGACACUCUACUUACUAGCACCUACUUUCCCUGAUAAGCAGCGCUGGGUCACUGCUUUGGAGUCAAUAGUGGCAGGAGGGAGAGUUUCCAGGGAAAAAGCUGAGGCUGAUGCUAAGCUGCUUGGAAACUCCCUGUUGAAGCUUGAGGGGGAAGACCGUCUGGAUAUAAAUUGCACAAUGCCCUUCAGUGACCAGGUAGUACUCGUUGGUACAGAGGAAGGUCUCUAUGCCCUGAAUGUGUUGAAAAAUUCCUUAACACACAUUCCAGGACUUGGUGCUGUUUUCCAAAUUCACCUCAUAAAGGAUCUUGAUAAACUGCUCAUGAUAGCAGGAGAAGAGAGGGCUCUGUGUCUUGUUGAUGUAAAGAAAGUGAAGCAGUCUCUAGCCCAAUCUCACCUCCCAGCCCAGCCUGAUAUCUCACCAAACAUCUUUGAGGCUGUCAAGGGAUGUCACCUUUUUGCUGCUGGCAAGGUUGAGAACGGACUCUGUAUCUGUGCAGCCAUGCCAAGCAAAGUGGUGGUUUUGCGCUAUAACGAGAGCCUCAGCAAGUUCUGCAUCAGGAAGGAGAUUGAAACUUCAGAGCCAUGUAGCUGUAUCCAUUUGACCAAUUACAGCAUCAUCAUUGGAACCAACAAGUUUUAUGAAAUUGAGAUGAAGCAGUAUACCCUGGAGGAGUUUCUCGAUAAGAAUGACCACUCCUUAGCCUCUGCUGUGUUUGCUUCUUCCACCAAUAGCUUCCCAAUCAGUAUCAUACAGGUGAACCCUACAGGACAGAGGGAGGAGUACCUGCUUUGUUUCCAUGAGUUUGGCGUCUUUGUGGAUUCCUAUGGAAGGCGCAGUCGGACAGAAGACCUGAAAUGGAGUCGCUUGCCUUUGGCUUUUGCCUACAGAGAACCCUACCUGUUUGUGACUCAUUUCAAUUCCCUGGAAGUGGUUGAGAUUCAGGCACGUGCUUCCCUAGGCACUCCUGCACGAGCCCACUUGGAUAUCCCAAAUCCUCGGUAUCUAGGGCCAGCAAUUUCAUCUGGAGCAAUUUACCUGGCCUCCUCCUAUCAGGACAAAUUAAGAGUGAUCUGCUGUAAGGGAAAUCUAGUGAAGGAGUCCAACAAUGAACACCACAGAGGAUCCUCCGCUACACGCAGCAGCCCUAAUAAGAGAGGUCCCCCCACAUAUAAUGAGCACAUAACCAAGCGGGUAGCAUCAAGCCCAGGACCACCAGAAGGUCCAAGCCACCCUCGAGAACCAAGCACACCACAUCGGUAUCGAGAGGGAAGGACAGAGCUGCGCAGGGACAAGUCUCCUGGGCGACCACUGGAGAGAGAGAAAUCUCCAGGCAGGCUUCUGGGCACCCGCAGAGAGAGGUCCCCUGGAAGGUUGUUUGAAGAGCCCAGCAGGGGUCGAACGCCUGUGGGAGGUGCAAGAACUCCACUCUCACAAGUCAAUAAGGUCUGGGACCAAUCUUCAGUAUAAGUCUCAGCUAGACAAACUUACUC